AAGAAACUUGUCAGGCAGUAGGACCCCGCGGACAUACGUGUGAUCAGUGGGUAUUGGAGCGCGUGAGAGGAAGAAGUUACACGCACGUAAACAUAGUACUAGCUACGAUUACAGUAAAUGGUCAGGAUGACCCAGAAGCACUACCUGGAGGGCCAGGUGUACUCUGUGCCCCUGAUCCAGCCCGACCUUCGCAGAGAGGAGGCCAUACACCAGAUCACAGAUGCCCUGCUGUGUCUGGAGAAGAUCUCCACCGACAUCUUCAGCAGGGUGUCUCAGAGCGUGGAGAAGAACAGGGCGCACCUGCAGGCGGUGAGCCAGCGGAUCAGGCUGGCCCAGGCCCGCGUGCACAACAUCAAGGGCAGCAAGAAGGCCACCAAGGUGUUCUCCAGUGCCAAGUACCCCGCCCCAGACCGCCUGCAGGACUACGCCUCCAUCUUCUCCGGUGCGUCGGACCCCUCCGCUCAGAAACGCCCCCGCUACAAGGUGCAGAGCAAGCACCGGCCCCUGGAUGACAAGGCACUACAGGAGAAGCUGAUGUACUUCCCAGUGUGCGUGAACACCACCAAACGCACCGAGGAUGAGGGAGAGGAGGGACUGGGGAGCCUGCCCAGGAACGUGAGCUCUGUGAGCUCCCUACUGCUGUUCAACACCACCGAGAACCUGUAUAAGAAGUACGUGUUCCUGGACCCGCUGGCGGGCGCCGUGACCAAGACGCACCAGACGCUGGAGACGGAGAAGGAGGAGAAGCCCUUCGACGCCCCACUGUCCAUCACCAAGCGGGAGCAGCUGGAGAGACAGCAUCUCCUCUGGUUGACGGCGGAGAACUACUUCUACGUGCCGGACCUGGGCCAGGUGCCGGAGAUCGACGUGCCGUCGUACCUGCCGGACCUCCCGGGCAUUGCGGAUGACCUGAUGUACAGUGCAGACCUGGGCCCGGGGUUCGCCCCGUCCGUGCCCUGCAGCUCCGCUAUACCCGAACUGCCCUCGUUCGGCACCGAGCCAGAGGAGCCCAACGGACCGGGUUCGCGCUUCAGCACCGGAGCUCCGCCCCCGCCCCCUCCUCCUCCCCCGCCGCCCGAGUCGCCGCACCUGAACUCCGCCCCCCCGCCUGGGGCACCCCCGGCCCCUCCCCCGCCUCCACCCCCUCCCCCUGCCCCGCCCACCGGGGGCGGCGACCUCAACGGCCAAACUCCCUCAGGCGCGGUGCAGGGGGCUCCGUCGGAGGUGGUGCAGCCAUCUGACGGCAGGGCCAGCCUGCUGGAGUCCAUCCGCAUGGCGGGCGGCAUCGGGAAGGCCAAACUGCGCAACGUCAAGGAGCGGAAGAUGGAGAAGAAGAAACAGAAGGAGCAGGAGCAGGUUAUAGCCACCGCCAGCGGAGGGGACUUCAUGUCGGACCUGUUUAACAAGCUGGCCAUGCGCAGGAAAGGAAUCUCCGGAAAGGGCCCGGUCCCGGGCGAGGCAGCCGACAGCCCGGCGAGUUCGGGCGGGGCCUUCGCCAGGAUGUCGGACGUCAUCCCGCCCCUCCCCGUCCCCGGCCAGCCAACCGCAGAGGACGAGGAAGACUGGGAGGCAUAGCCCUCAGACCCGUCCUCCAAUAAGAAGAGCUCGGGGGAGGGGCCAAGUUCCCUGCCUGGGAGUGGGCGGGGUUUCUUGAUUCAGUCAACGACUGGGGGAUCUUUGUCCAAGACAAAUAGAAAAGAUCCCCCCCUCCCCAAGACUAAUAACAUUAAGGCGUUUACUAGCGUUGAAAACAGGCAAGGAAUUCUGAAGUCUGGUGUCGAACAUUUCCUUUUUUUGCCCGUCUCUUUUGGUUUUGUCAGUGUAUGCUUUUUUUUAAGGUUGGCUGGUUGAGCGAAGCAUCAUGGUAGAUGUGUGGCCUGCUCUUGAGACUGGACAUGUGAAAUACUGAUUACUCUGCACUCGCUCUCAUCCUCUCAUCCCUCCUCAUCUAUAGAAACUCCUGCGCUAGCGUUAGCUUGAAAUGGAAUAUUUUUAGUCUUGCCUCCCUGAAAGUAACAUGGCUUUUCCUCUGUCGCACACUCCAGCUUUUCCUGUGACCAGAAAACAGGGUAAUGAACCACCUUCUGUGGCCUUCCUGGACAGAAGCCAAUUUGGCUUUCAGUGGCGUUCGCCGUAGAAACCACCUGAGGCUCCGAUUCGAUCUCUUUUUUUUUUUUGCACUCACCCCUAGCCUCUUCCGCUGCACUUCAGCGGACGGGUAGGCGGCUCCUUCGCGGGUAGGGAGAGGCCGAAGACCGGAGGAAAAGCGAAACAUCACAAACGGACCCCCAUCGCCAGAUGGCCAAGGAGCGGUGCUCCGAGACUGGAAUUAUCAGCUUAAUCCUGGCCCCUCGUUCCCGGAUCUGUGGAUCUGUGGAUUUGUAGGCGUUUAUUUAUAGUGGUCGUCCGGGACAGGGGGGGCCUGUGAUGGAUACGCACUGAUGCUGUGUGCCUCCCGUGACUGCGUCAUUAUGUCCGGUGUGUCCCCCCCCACCUGCCCGUCCAGGCUGCGUAGAAAGGCGCAAGCGCCUCCCUGUGUUGCUGUAAAAUAUGUCCCCCCCUCCCAAAUGUUCAUAUGCAUAUGUGUUGUUGGGUUCCACUUCAGCCUGGAUGAGCUUUUUCAGAAAUGCGUGUAAAAAUUCUGCGUCUGGUUUGUCUGUUGAGAUACAGGGUGGAUAUGUGAAUUGUGUGUGUGUGUGUGUGUGUGUGUGUGUGCGCGCGCGCAUGUAUGGGGAUAUAUACCUCCCAAACUGACAUCAGUUUUUUUUUUCUCUCUAAUGUUUAAAAGAAAUCUGUCAGUGGAGAUUUUGCUAAUUAAAAAAAUGAAAUGAUCUAAACGAUAUUACCGUUUGCUGCAUAGCAGUGCAGGAGCAAGGUGGGGAAAUAUGUCCAAUUCCCAAAGCGCAAAGGACAGAUGGGCAAAUUUGUACGACUGCGGUGACGUACAUUGCAAAGUCAACAUUCAGCGUUUACCAGGAAAAUGUCCUGUGCUUUCAUUUAUGAUGAUAGAAGAUAAUAAAAGUUCAAUAAAAACUAUCAAUAUAAUGAGUAAACUGUAUAAAACCACAGAAUCUCAUAAAAACAUUGGAAUAAUGAACUGGGCGGAAUGGAUAUCAAAAUGGUGUUUGAAAACGUUUGAAAAUCGCUCACUGAAAUCUGCUCUUUCUUGGGUUUCAUGACCACAUUUAUAAACUUUAUAUGAAGUGAUUACUCUUCGCAGACAAUAUCUUGCAGGUUUAUUAUCUUAAUCCGAGUCCCCCAGCGCAAUAAAAUGUGUGUUUUCAAGUCA